AUGGCAGGUGACGGCAAUGCUUCCCGGCAGGCGCCGCCGCUGUCAAGCAGCGGCCUCCUCACGGGAGCGCCUGCAUCGGAGAAUCCGAAUGAAGAGGCGCCGCGGCCAAGCGGAAGCUGGCCCUCGCAAAGAAUCUCGUCCAAGGCGAGCAGCUCUCGGCUCUUCAGUGCAAUGGCCGAGACGGUGCGGGGCUACUUGCGCAAGGCUCAAGACGCCGAACAGGCCCAGAGGCUGACGCAGGCUCAGCGUCGGCCUUCUUGGGAGCGUCGCAGCUCCAAUUCCCAGGCUCCUCGCCGAGUUUGGCCGAGCUCCGAGGCCGACCUCACGCACGUUGUGAGAGAGGUCUUAGCAGCCGUCCAGGCGCAGAAGUCCGAAGCUGCGCAAGAAAGCAAUACCAAGCUGUCCGAGGAUCCUGGAACCUCGAAACCCAGGGCUGUCGCUCCUUUGCAGGCCGGUCCGGGCCUGGAUGAAGCCAUGCCUGAACCGCCGCAGACGACGGAGGCCGUCGCGCAUCUCCAGCAAGCCUUGAAGGAUCAGCAGGCAUCGUUCGAGAGAGCGAUGCAGGAGCAGGCGGCGCAGCACCAACGAAUCACAGAGGCACAGACCGCAUCUUUCAUCCAAGCUCUGCAGGAACGGGAGAAAUUCCUCGAAAGAAUCUUGCAGGAGAAGCCAGUGAAAGAUGCACAAGAAGCCACACCGCCCGAGGAUCCCGAAGCCUCGCACGGCAGAGCUGUCGUCGCCGCGCCUUCGCAGGCCUGUUGGGGCCUGGAUGAAGCCACAUCCCAAACGACGCGCUGUGCGGAGGCAGGGCAGCCCGUCCAGCCCGUCUUCCAGCUCCAGCAAGCCCUGAAGGAACAGGCGGCUCUGCAAGAACGAGUCGGGAAGUUGAUGGCAUCCUCACAGAUCCUAAAGGCUACCAUGCAGGAGCGGGACCAGAAGCUCCAAGAGCUCUUACAGGCUGCAGGUCACGGCGAGGAGCCGCCAGCUUGCCUCCUGCCAGGGCAACUCACGGAUGACUCUGCUGAGGCCACGGCGGCGCCGAGUCCGGAGGGCACGGGGCAGCAGCCCCUUGCGGAGGCCAAAGAAGAAGAGGAGCUCCCGCCGGCGCACUCAGGGCCGCUGCGGCUGAGCGGCAGAGGCCAGGCUGCGCCGGUGGAGACGGAGGAGCCUGAACUUCCUCGUUCGGCUCAGCUGGUCCUGGAGGAAGCUGGAAGUGUGACACCGACGGAUGACAAUUCGGCAGUGCCGCAUGGCAUGCGCUUCCAGUUCUUCCUGGAUCUCAUCGAGGAGAAGCGCGAGUGGCUCGAGAAGUCCACCGCCCGCGGCAAAGGGAGGAAAAACAUGUAUGACGUGUGCCCAGAGGUGAUCAUCGAGAGGACGACCUGCGAGGAGCAGAUCCUGGUUCUCUCGGAGGCGGACGCGGGGAAAAUCGCAAGAUCCCUCGCGGACCCCAGCGGCGACCAGAGCAUCUUCUUGCCAGACUCCCUGCAGUGUCGAUCCGGUGUACACCUCGGCGGUAUGAAAGUGGACGAAUUAGCCAUUCAGGGCAUCUUGUGUGACGGCGGCGGCCAGCGCAGGGAGUACUGGGCCGCACGCGCCGAUCGGCAGCAGCGCUGGAUGACGACUUCAGAACAUGGCCGGUUGGACAAGGGCCCUGCAGAGAUCCCAUCUCACCUCCAAAAAUGCGGGAAGCUGGGCGAGAAGUCGGCCCGACGGGAGAAGGAGCUCCUGAAGCAGCCGGGCACGGUCGUCGUGCUUCGCCGCGGAGUGCCGUACGCCCAGUUGGAGAAGCCGGGAGAGUUGGGGCUGCUCACCAGCUUCGUUUCGCACGCCUGGGGCGAGGAAACUCUGGAGUUCGCCCACACGCUGAAGCUGCACGCCAGGAACGUGAAUCCCUCGAACCCAGGGGCCCUGGCGUACUACAUUUGCACGUUUUGCAACAGCCAACAUAGCGUGGACUUGGGCGGCGACGACUGGCGCCAGUCCCCUUUCAACCUCGCCUUGGAACACGUGGCAAGCCGUUGUCACCAGAAGCGUGGGUCCAUGUACCGGGCGGUGAUGCUGUUUGACAGGUCUUGCAGCACAUUGAAGCGGAAGUGGUGCAUCUUCGAAAUCUUCCGCUGCCAAAGUCUCGGCCUGGAGCUGGACCUGUAUUGCAGGGACGGUGAGCUCACUCGGGCGAGCGAGUCGCAGCACGCAAAGGAAAUCUUGCAGGAGGUCAUGGACGUGGACAUGAUGGCCGCGGAAUGUUCCGAAAAGAAGGAUGAAAUAACGAUCGACGGUGCCAUCAGCGAUCACCCGUCUGGUUGGACCGGCGUCGUGUCCAAGGUGAAGAUGCAGGUGAUGGGACACUUGUCCUUUGUGGCCCACAUGGCCAUGACCCGCGAUGCCUUCACAGGCCAACAAGUGGAGCCGGAGCAGGGCAUUGAGCUGGAGGGCUCCGCCGGCAAGGUGAGCCUCUCGGAGCUCAUCGACGGCUGCAUGCAGGCGUGUCUGUCCGCAUGCUUGCAGUCUGCUGCAGGGCAGCAGGUAGAGGAUGAGAACCUGGCCAAGGCUCAGCUGAAGCGGAUGCUCAUCACUGGUCAGGGAGGCACGGGCAAGACCGUCAUCACCAGGGAGAUCGUUCGGGCCGCCGUGAAGCUGGUGCGUGAGAAGGCUCUGCGGCUGGUCCCGCUGAGAGUGCCCCUAGCCGAGCUCGCCCGGUGUGCUAAGGAAGAAGGCGACAUGCUGCAGGUUUGGGCUGUGCAGGCGUUUGGCAAGGACGGCCAAGAGCUUCUCCAAGGCGAGCGGCAGCUGCUCCUGCUGCUGGACGGCCUGGACGAAGCUGGGACGGACAGGCGGCGCAUCAUCAGCUGGCUCGACGGCUGGCUCCGGCAGAACAGCCAUCGCUGCGCUUGCGUCGUCCUGACCAGUCGCCCGAGCGGCACCGACCAGGUGGUCGACCAGGAGGGCAAAGCGAGGGAGCCCUCGAGGUCAUCCGUUCUGCACGCUUCCGAGAAGUGCCUCAUCACACAGGACAGCUUCCCGCAAGGGUCUCAUGUGCUACUCACCGACAAGCGCGACCUCGUGAUUGGCAAUGGCAAAGUUCCCUUCUGCGAGCAGGGCUUCGUCCUCCGGGCCGACUGCUGCCUGCAGCCUCCAGGAUGCCAUGUGCGGGUGCGGCGCAAGGACCGUGGUGGCUGGGGCUGGGUUUUCUCCCCUGCGAUCACCCUGCACUACUCCGACAGCAGCCGCGCAAAAGCCCUGCUGGAGCAGGCUUGGCGGGAAGCCACCGGUCGUAGGGCCGAUCUCCACAGGAAAGAGGCUCGCGUGGUCGUCACCCGGGCGGACGGCCAAAAGUGGGAGGAAAGUUCUAGUUUUUACUACAAGCGCACCAUACAUUGGGCCACGCUCCUGGACUGGUCGGCCACGGAAUUUCCCUGCCGCGCCUUCCUGGCGUUGAUGGAGAGGCAGUAUGCAGAGGUGGAAGUGGAGGAUUUGGAGAGGCAGUAUGCAGAGGUGGAAGUGGAGGAUUUGGAGCUGCGGGUGGAGGCUUGCGGAGACGACGUCUUCGUCAGUGCAGCGGGUCUGGCGCCAGGCUGCUGGCUGUUGACCGGAGAAGGCUUUGCGGACAAAUUUGUCAGGUACUCCACGACCAGGGAAGACGGAAACGAGCUCCUGCCCACGGAAGGUGCUUUUCGGACGCUAUUGGAGGGCCAGAAUGGCAGCGCCGAUGCUCUUGCUGGUGCGGCUUUUGUGUCGGAGAUGACCCUGCGAGCCGAGCUCUCCGAGCAGCUGCAAUUCCAGCCGCUGCAGCUGCUGCCGCUGAGCCCGGGCAUCGCCGCCAGGAUUUCAAAGGCACCAGAGCAGCUCCUGGAAACUCUUCCGGACGUGGUUUGGGACACGCCAUUGAUGGCCAGCAUCCUCGGAGAGUGCCGGAAGCAACAGGAACAGAUGGACAUGGUGACAGCAGAGCUGGAUCUGAUGGAGUAUGCGCUGAGAACCCUCAUUAAGAAGGCCGAAGAACGCACAGGGCGCCGGCUGUGUUCCCUGGGCCCUCGGUGCCUGGAGAAGCUGCAGGCCGGGCAUCGCCUUUUCGUCGAAGCCGACUUCGAGGACCAGGUGGUCUUCCAGGAGGCCCAGCGAGGCCACCUCCGCCUCUUCGAGCCGGUGGCCGGGCAGAGUGCCGUGCAAGUGUACCACCUGAAGAUGCACGAGCUCCUGGCGGCUAAGGCUUGGAAGGAGGCUGCCGGUGUCAACUUGCAGGUGGCCUUCGAGCAGGCUCGAAACGAGCCCAUGCUGCGAGGCGCGGCACGGUUCCUGGUGAUGAUGCAGACGGCGGAGAGCCCGGAGGCCUCCGUCGACCUGAGCAACUGCAAGCUGGGAGCGGCAGACGUCGAAGCGCUCCGAGGAGCCCUGCUGUGCCGCGGCCCCCGCCUCAAGAUCGACUUGAGCGUCAACCGAAUAGGCGACGCUGGUGCGACCUGCUUGGCAGAUGCGCUGAGCGGCCUCACAAGCCUUCGGGAGCUGGAUGUAGAGCUGGGCGGGAGUGGUCUCGAACUGGGCGUCGGGUCCCUGGCCGAAGCCCUCGAAAAGCUCCCCGAGCUCACGAAGCUGUGCUUGAGCUUGGGCGGGAACCAGCUCGGCGACUUUGCAGCCUGCUUGGCAGGUGUGCUGAGCGGCCUCACAAGCCUUCGGGAGCUGCGCGUAGGCCUCUUCAACACUGGUCUUGGCCCCGAGGGCGUCGGGUCCCUGGCCGAAGCCCUCGAAAAGCUCCCCGAGCUCGCGAAGCUGUGCUUGGAGUUGGGCCGGAACGAACUCGGGGGCUUCCGGCUAUUCUACCGAGGCAACGCUGGCGCGACCUGCUUGGCAGAUGUGCUGAGCGGCCUCACCAGCCUUCGGGAGCUGCGCGUAGGCCUCUUCAACACUGGUCUUGGCCGGGGCCAAAGACGGCCAACAGGCCCCGAGGGCGUCGGGUCCCUGGCCGAAGCCCUCGAAAAGCUCCCCGAGCUCGCGCAGCUGUGCUUGUACCUGCGUGAGAACGAACUCGGGGGCUUCCGGCUAUUCUACCGAGGCAACGCUGGCGCGACCUGCUUGGCAGAUGUGCUGAGCGGCCUCACCAGCCUUCGGGAGCUGCGCGUAGGCCUCUUCAACACUGGUCUUGGCCGGGGCCAAAGACGGCCAACAGGCCCCGAGGGCGUCGGGUCCCUGGCCGAAGCCCUCGAAAAGCUCCCCGAGCUCGCGCAGCUGUGCUUGUACCUGCGUGAGAACGAACUCGGGCCUCCAACCGGGACGUGGACAGCUGGGAACAAGGAGCGGCGCAACACAAGCGAAAGCCCCACGUACCUUUCGCACGCAGCUGCGGCCGUGCUUCAUUUUGUGGCGCUUGGUUUCUAUGUCCUAGAAGCCUCAAACUUGGCCGUCUUCCAAGGCCGAAGCCCGCAGCCUGCAAUACGUUUCAUCGACACCGGCACAGGAGCUGCUAAGCCCGGUGCGAAGCACCAUUGCGGCUUCCUCAACCUGAUCGACCUUACGCGGCCCACGCCACGUUAG